UAGUUUGAGAUGUGUUUUGGUUGUGUUAAUGUGUGAUAAUUGAAGUGAUUGUCUAUAUCUUAGAGUUAAUCAACUGAGGGAUCAGUUAUGGGUACUCGAGUAUACGUGGGACGGAUCAGCUAUGAUGUCCGGGAAAGGGAUAUCGAGAAGUUCUUCAAAGGAUACGGAAGGAUACGCGAGAUCCUGAUGAAGGAUGGGUUCGCUUUUGUCGAGUUUGACGACCACAGGGACGCCGACGACGCAGUCUAUGAGCUGAACGGCAAAGAGCUAUUGGGCGAGAGGAUAGGGUCUUCGAGCGGAGACACACAACCUCUUAUACCACACCUACUGUUGUACUGGAAUCAGUUGAGCGCUGUAUUGGAUGUCUGUGUCUAUGCCUCCCAUAGAGUCUCAGUGGAGUUAGCCCGGCGUUCAACCAAAAGACCAUUCUUUAGCCGCUCCUCCUUUAGCUCCUCUUCCGGCUCUCGCGGUGGCCGAGAGAGACGUCCGCGUAAUAGUUGGAUUGACAAUUCGCUAGAGGCCCGUCACGCGGUCGCGCCCGCUUCAGACCAUAUGGCGGUGGCGGCGGGGGAUCGUCACGUGGAGGAGGAGGCGGAGGGUAUUAUAGUAGCAGUCGUGGUGACAGACCUUCUGGCGGACUUACUUACGCUGAAAAGUAAGACAUUUAAACCGUUGUCCACCGCAAUGACCCCCGCAUUCACGUUCGCACCGACGCCCGCCCACAUGUUCGCCGCGCCGACCACCAGUUGUCACCGGCACUGA